CUUGCACAUCAUGGCUUCUCUCUGCAUCUUCUCGCUGCCCGCCCGAGCGGCGGUGCUGAAGCUGGCGCCCGUGGUGCACCCGCCGAUGCUGGCCAGACGGCUGCACGCUGGCGGCUGCAGGCAGGCGGCCGUGGUCAUCUCAGGAACAGCCCUGGCCAAGCAGAUUCGUGAUGAGGUGCGGAGAGAGCUGGAGCAGUGGGUGUCUCUCGGGAACAUGCGCCCUCAGCUCAGUGUUGUCCUGGUGGGGGAUGAUCCUGGCAGCCACGCGUACGUGAAGAAUAAAAGCAGAGCUGCUGCCUCAGUAGGCAUCGUCAGUGAAACCAUUCUACGACCUGCCAGUGUGUCACAGGAAGAACUUCUGGAACUAAUUGAGAGGUUGAACCGGGAUCCGAAGGUCACUGGGCUGCUGGUUCAGCUCCCUCUGCCUGAGCACAUUGACGAGCGUUCCGUCUGCAACGCGGUCGCUCCGGAGAAGGACGUGGAUGGGUUUCACGUGGUCAACGUUGGAAGGCUCUGCUUGGAUCAGCAGACGAUUCUCCCAGCCACCCCAGCAGGGGUCUGGGAGAUGAUUAAAAGGACAGGGAUCGAGACAUUUGGUAAGAACGUGGUGGUCGUGGGGAGGUCAAAGAACGUCGGGAUGCCCAUUGCAGUUCUCCUUCACUCCGACGGAAGGCACGAGAGACCCGGCGGCGAUGCCACAGUGACCAUCACCCACAGGUUCACACCCAAGGAGCAACUGAUGGCUCACACGCUUCUGGCAGAUAUCGUCAUCGUGGGUGCAGGAAUUCCGAAACUGAUUACUGCUGAUAUGAUCAAAGAGGGAACAGUCGUAAUAGAUGUUGGCAUCAAUCGUGUACAGGAUCCUGUAACAGGAAAGACCAAGUUGGUGGGAGAUGCUGACUUUGACGAGAUCAAGACGAAGGCCAGUUACAUCACCCCUGUCCCUGGAGGAGUGGGUCCGAUGACCGUAGCGAUGCUCAUGAAGAACACUCUGAUUGUGGCCAAGAAGUCAGUAAGCUACUGAGGAUGAACCCACGUCAUCAGCUCGAGCAGCCCCUCUCCCUCUGUGGAGCGCAGUUUAAUUUAUUAUACAAGAGAUAUUUUUGUUAACUGCAUUUAUCUAUAUUUGCUGCAAGCUGUCACAUGUUGUCUCCUGGAGCUGAGGACGCAUAGCGACAGCCACCACCCUACUCCGGGUCACUGCAUCCUUCCGCAUGUUGGGCUCGCUCAUUCAUGCCAGCGUUGUCAUUCACAAGGCGGCGGCCUCCUCCUUGACCCUGUGUGUGAUGGCUCCAGUUUCCUUCAACAUCCCAGAGCAGUGUGGGUUGGUAGGUUCAUUGGGCGUGGUAAUGACCCUAGUGAGAGUGAGGGGCAGAAUUUGGGGUCGUUGGUAGGAAUAUGGGAGAGUAAAAUAGGGUGGGUGUAAAUAGGUAGUUGAUGGUUGGCCCAGGUGAUGGGCUGAAGGGCCUGUUUUCUUACUGGGUGACACAAUGACUGGUUGUUCAGUUGAAGUUGCUGUGACAUUAAUUCUAACUCUUAGCAUUUAUAAAGCUCCUUUAGCCUGGUAAGACAUCACAGGAAUAUUAUUUUAAAUGUUUGGCAAGGGCUACAGAAAGAGAUAUUUGGACAAAUAAACAAAAUCUUGUUCGAGGAGACAAGGACACUGAUGGAGAGAUUUCAGGGGGGAAUGCUCAGCUGUGGGCUUCGCAGUGGCUGCCACUGAUUAAAUUCAGGGGUCACUGAGAAGAUAAAUCUGGGGAAGAGUGUGUUUGUAAACCAACUUAGCUAUGGGGGUUUGUAGUUUCUCUAAAGCUCGUGGUAUUGUGAUUGAGUGAUUGGUAGUUUAGAUAGAAUAGUUCUGGAUAGUUACAGAGUAUCAGAACCUCCUGUAUUUAUGCAAGUGUCUGACAUUGAGGACAGUGAGGUUCCUUGGAGAGAUUGGAGAAGGUGGGUUGUUCUCCUUAGAGCAGAGGAGGUCAGGAGAUGUGAUGCUGAUGGUCAACUCUGAAACAAUUUGCUGUUAAUAAGCGAGGAGAAGCUGUUGAGAGAGAGGGAGAGGGAGAGAAGCCAAGGAGUAAUUGAUCAGAGGGAGGACCAGAGGAGAGAAGCUAAUGUCUUUAUCCUGAGAGGGUGGAAACAGGUUCAACCGAACCCUCCAGAAAGCACUUUUGUAAAUAUUUGAAGGGCAGAGCAGUGGUGCAACAGGCGGUGUUGCUACCUCACCACUCCAAUGAUCCGGGUUCAACACUGCCCUCUGAUUCUGUCUCUGUGCAGUUUGCACAUUCUCCCUGUGGCAUGAGCUUCCCUGGACGCUCUGCAUUUCCUCUCAAGUCCUCAAGAUGAUCAGAUAGGUUGACCUGCUGUAAAUUAUUCCCUAGUGCAGGUAGGUGAUAAGGAAUUGAUGGGGUUACAGGGAAAGCAGUAAGAGGGAAAUUGGAAUAUUCUGGGAGGUAGUAUAGGCUUGAUCGCCAGACUGACCUUUACUGUUGUGAGAAACAGAAAUAUUUGCAAGGUGUUAAGGAUAUGUUAGGGAGAGAGACUACAUAGAUCGCUUGAAGAGCUGGUAUUGAUCUGAUAGGCAUCCUCUGAGGAUAGACUGAACAAAAACACAAUCUGCCACAAAUUUCUAAUGAACACAGGAACAGGUUUCUGUUUAGGUUUUAGGGAACCAUUUGAGUAGUCUGCUGACCGACUUCUCACCUUUUUCUCCUUUACGUAUGAAGUCAUUUCAACUUUUGUCUGUGCCCCAGCCAUUCACAGAGCUCUAUGUCCUCUCCUGUCCCCACCCCUGUGAUCUCCUCCAGCUCUAGAACCCUUUGAACUCACAGUACACUAUUUUCCUGGCCGUCGUGCAUUGCAGAUGUGAAGUGUCCUCAGAGAGUUAAAUGUUGAAACAGAGUUGUUCAUUAAUUGGCAAAUACCAGCACCAAUAAUGGUACUUGUCCAGGCUGUUCUGACAAAACCUCCCACACCUCUGUGGCAGGGCAGGGACAGCAGGUGAAGGAACACCACUACCAACAGAUGUAUACCAUCCUACACCGAAAAUAGUCUGCCAUCAUCAAUGGGUCUAAUUCCCAUAGGAGCAGAUCACCAAAUGUUGGCCUUCAAUAAUCUUCCCAAGUAUUGGGCAAUGGACAAUUGGAUCAGUUUUGUCGAAUCGUUGAUCUUCAUCUGAUAAUCAUUGAUUAAAGUCAUCUAUGCAAUGUUAAACCCGGAACAUGGUGUCCAUUUAAAGUCACAUUACAGUUGCACACAGUGACCCAAUGACGCUCUCUUGCAUUCUGUUUAUCUGCUUACACUUGUAGCAUUAACAACAGUUUGUAUAUCUACAUCGACCUGCCUCUAUUCUGUAAUCCUUAAAUAUCCCAUCACAUCUACAAAACAAAAUUCUUCUGGUCCACCAAAUAGUUUCCAAACUUGACAGCUUCCUGGGCCAAGGUCUGGAUCACUAGUGAUGUCAUGGAGCAGCUGGUCCAUCACAAGUGGAGUCACUAAUCAGUGAGUCUACAGUGCCUAUGAAAAGUAUUCACUCCCCUUGGGAGUUUCAUGUUUUAUUGUGGAUAUAAUUUGGCUUUUUUUGACACUGAUCAACAGUAAAAGACUUUAGUGUCACAUCACUACAAAAAGAUCUAAAUUAAUUACAACUAUAAAACACAAAAUAACUGAUUGCAUAAGUGUUCAUCCCUUUCAAGUCAGUUUUUAGUAGAUGCACCUUUGGCAGCAAUUACAUUCUUGAGUCUGUGUGGAUAGGUCUCUAUCAGCUUUGCACAUCUGGACACUGCAAUUUUCUCCUUUUCUUCUUUACAAAACUGCUCAAGCUCUGUCAGAUUGCAUGGAGGUAGUGAGUGAACACCCCUUUUCAAGCCCCGCCACAAAUUUUCAAUUGGAUUGAGGUCUGGACUCUGACUUGGCCAUUGCAGGACAUUGUUUAAGCCAUUCCUGUGUAGCUUUGGGUUUAUACUUGGGGUCAUUGUCUUGCUGGAAAACAAAUCUCCUUUUAGACUGCUUCAGGUUUUCCUCCGGGAUUUCCCUGUAUCUUGCUGCAUUUAUUA